CCGAGUUGCACGUGCAUUCGCGGAGCUGCGAGAGCCCGGUGCGCGCGCGAGAACGGGUGCUUGCGAGAGAGCUUGCGAGAGAGCUUACGAGGGAUCGGAGCGACGGCUAAGGAUAGCGGAGAAUUGUGUCUUCCUUCACCGUGGAGAAUCCCCGUUUCUCCUUUUUGUGCGAGCUCCUUGAACAGCUUCUUUCUGUAACGCGUUCUUUCGAUCACUCUAUCACUCCCUUGCGCUUUCAUUCUUCUUCUCUUCUAUCUUUCUCUUUUUCUCAUUUUUCUUCACGCGCGCGCGAUCCCUCUUUAUAUCUUUUAACGCAUUUCAUAUAAAUGAUCGAUUGAGUCAUUGUCAUAUUGUACUAUUGUGACGUGAAAGAUUUAACUGUGCUUCGAGAAACCUGCUUUGAGAAACUUACCCGACGUUUUUCGUCUUCACUGUAAGUCAAGAGCUGUUGGCAAAGACGAAGAUUUCAACAAAUUACGGACAAGGCGAUAAAAUGACUAUGGAUGGGAGCAAGAGCGAACCGGGCAAGAACGGGGCCACUCAACAGGAAUGCGCGGGUUGCGGAAAGGCGAUUACGGAGAGAUAUCUUCUAAAAGCAUUGGACAUGUUUUGGCACGAGGACUGCCUCAAGUGCGGAUGUUGCGACUGCAGACUUGGCGAGGUCGGUUCGACGCUCUACACCAAAGCCAAUCUCAUCCUCUGCAAAAGAGAUUAUUUACGACUUUUCGGAAAUACCGGUCACUGUGCAGCGUGCAGCAAAGUAAUUCCAGCUUUCGAGAUGGUGAUGCGCGCAAGGACCAACGUUUACCACUUGGAGUGCUUCGCUUGUCAACAAUGUAAUCACAGAUUUUGCGUGGGUGACAGAUUUUAUCUUUGUGAUAACAAGAUUCUCUGUGAGUACGAUUACGAAGAGAGGCUGGUUUUUGCCAAUAUGGCCCUGCAUCCCCCGCCUAGUGCAACUUUGGCACACAUCAAGAGACAAGUGACCCAUCUUCAGCCGCCGAACGCAGCGGGUGGACCUCAGCGACAGGCGAACGGGGAAGCGGCGGCCCAUAACCACAACGGAUAUCCAGCACCAACCAGCUCGAGCGCCCAUAACGUCCUGAACCCCAUGAAUAAUUUAAACGGUAUCAAUGCGCAAGCAUCGUACGAUGCCAAAUGACAAACGAAGUAAGCGCCGAUAUAUCGAUUGAGUCACCCGAGGGUAGGUCGACUCGUGUGCUGUUCUCAUUGUCUUCGUGGUUUACCGUGCUGAUCGUCCGAACUAUCGUCCUAACUUUAGCACGCGACCCACGGCAGAUUGCAUAUAAUCGAAUAUCCCUUAACUGUCGAGAAGAAAAUGAUACCGUUAAGUUAUCGCGAACAAGAAAAAUGUUACCGCGUAUAGAUAUGUAUUAUAUAAUCGCAUUAAACGAUUCGCUUCGUGUCGCGAUCGGAGAUCGAUCGGGCGAACUUUGUGUAAAUAGAAGGCAACUAUAAAAAGUAUGAUAGAGUGUUGCAGACAACACAAGUAAGCGGCG